AAAAUCCACAUCUCGAUUUUAACGAUGAGCGCGCGGAUAUGAAAAGGUUUAGGCGGGCAGCGGGGUUUUCUCGCAUUACCUCUUCAUUUUUUGCCCUACCCAGCAAUCUGUAUAAAGGUGAAUCCCUGAUCACAAAAUGGUGACUACCCGAAGACGUGCUGCAGCAGAACGUACUGCCUCCUCAACCUCAGCAGAUACUCCUCCCGCCUUUCGACGAACGCGCUCAUCCAUGGCCAAAAAAAACCAAGGAUCUACCACCGUCAGCUCAUCCAAGCUUAAUCCCGUCACCAAGCACUAUGAGUUUGGAGGACCCAUUGGCGCAAUUGGGAUGAUCGUAGGUUUACCAGCUGUGGUGUUGUUUUUCGCCACCUUUUGCGAUGCCACCGGUUAUCCUUCUCAAAACUUUUGGAACAUCUCUGUGAACAAUUUACGUAUAUGGUUAUCAUGGGAGAACAUCCAAAAGAACGUUAAUGUGUGGGCGUUUGCGUGGUAUUUUGGUUUUCUAAUUAACUUGGCUGUCAUGUCCGUGUCUUUGCCCGGUAACAUGGUGGACGGCACCAAGUUACGUGAUGGACGCGUUUUGAAGUACAAGAUAAAUGCUCUCGGUUGCUUGCAAGCCUUGAUUACCAUGAAUGCUAUGAUGUUCAGAGGCGCUGGUAUCAACGCUCUAGGCUGGGUGUACGACAAUUACCUGUCGUUUUGCUUAGCCUCCAUCCUCACGUCCUUCUUGGUGUCUGCAUAUGUUUACUACACUAGCUUCAAACCUGGUAAAAUGCUGGCUUUAGGAGGUAACACAGGCACUGCGGUCUACGAUUUCAUGAUUGGACGAGAACUCAACCCACGUAUCAGAGAUUUUGAUAUUAAAUUCUUUGUUGAAUUGCGACCCAACUUGAUCGGAUGGCUUCUCAUGGAUAUCUGUAUGGCUGCCAAGCAAUACACCAAUCUAGGCCGUGUCACGAACAGCAUGGUCCUCGUUGUGUUUGCGCAAGUGUUGUAUAUUGUGGAUGCUUUAUACAAUGAGUCUGCUAUUUUAACCACGAUGGACAUCACAACCGACGGAUUUGGGUUUAUGCUGGCAUUUGGUAAUUUAUGCUGGGUUCCUAUGGUGUACUGUAUGCAAGCACGCUAUUUGGUGGAUUUCCCUGUGGACCUUCAUUAUUGGCAAAUAGCGGUGAUUGUCGGUCUGCUGGCUGGCGGUUAUUACAUCUUCAGAGCGGCUAACGGGGAAAAGGACAGAUUUAGGACCGAUCCGCAUGCACCUGAGGUCAAGCAUCUCAAGUAUAUUCAAACGUCCACCGGCAGCCGACUUAUCACGAGCAGCUGGUGGGGAAGAGCUAGACACAUUAAUUAUCUUGGAGACCUGAUGAUGGGGCUUGCUUAUUGCCUACCUUGUGGAUUCGGGUCCCCCAUCCCAUAUUUUUACGCCAUUUAUUUCACAAUCUUGCUUGUACACCGUGAACGACGAGAUGACGAAAAGUGUCACAAGAAGUAUGGAAAAGAUUGGGAGAAAUACUGUGAGAUUGUCAAAAGCAGAAUCCUUCCAGGCGUUUACUAGGGCUUACUGGUUUUUUUUUAUACAUGAACAAUUUAAAAUAAAAAAAUCCCAUCAUCGCGGGGAUAUUUUCUUUCUGGUGGGUUUAAACCAGUUAUUGGGUUCAUGUAGCCAGCCACGAUGCUCUGAUGGUUACACACAUCUCCUUGAACACGCAAGAUCAACAACGCCUAAUGAAAC